ACCAGCACCGGUCACACACAAACACGCACACAUACAUACAUAUGCACUAUACAUCCUAACAGGUAUGGUCCCACAGGCAGCUCUCACACACGCAAGCAGCUGAGUUAAACAGACACACACAUCCGCACCCAUUUAUUGGCACACAGCGAUAUCUGCUGAAUUGCCUGCUCACCUCCGGGCUUGCUGGCAGUAGUGCUGGCUCUCUACAGCAUCCGGCUCUGCUCCACUGGAUCAGCCAGCCAUUGUACGGACAGAGAGGAGAGACAGAGGGAUGUGCGAUAGAGAAGAAGGAAGGUAGGCAGAGAGAGAGAGAGAAAGAGGUAGGGAGGUAGGGACCAUAUUGCUGUCUAGAGGUGGGCAGGGAAACAUUAAGAGCGACGUCGAAGCAGCAUGUCUCAAACGAAAAGAUACCCUUACAGCAGGACCACCAGCAGUGGCAGCAGCAGGAUGAGUUCAGAUGGAGGAGGACGCCCAGUGAAGGUCGGAUCUCUGGUGGAGGUCAUUGGUAAGGGUCAUCGGGGCACGGUGGCCUACAUUGGCACAACACUCUUUGCUUCUGGGAAAUGGGUCGGGGUCAUCCUGGAGGAGCCUAAAGGCAAGAACGACGGCACAGUGCAAGGCAAGCGCUACUUCACCUGCUUGGAGAACCAUGGCAUAUUUGUGCGCCAGUCACAGAUUCAGUUGGUGGAUGAUGGGGCAGAAACAUCACCUGACACACCUGAUGCUGCAACAUCUAAAGUCCUUAAACGAGAGAUCCCGGAAGCUCCUAAGGCAAAUAAAGUGCGAGGAGCCAAACCCAAAAAGACGCCUGCUCCUCGUAAGACUACAACCCGGAGACCUAAGGCACGGGCAGGGGUGGGGGUGAAGGUGGGUUCUGGCUCUGCCUCGGCUGGGGAGAUGAGCAGCAGUGAACCAAGCACACCUGCUCAAACCCCAUUGGCUGCUCCUGUUAUCCCCUCCCCUGUUGGUACACUCCCCUCACCUGGAGCUCCUCCCAUCCCAGCUCCCAGUAAGGAGGAAGAGGCUCUGCGGGCACAGGUUAAAGAUCUGGAGGAGAAGUUGGAGACUCUGCGGAUGAAGCGGGCCGAGGACAAGGCCAAACUGAAGGAGCUGGAGAAGCACAAGAUCCAGCUGGAGCAGCUGCAUGAAUGGAAGAGCAAGAUGCAGGAACAGCAGAAUGAGCUUCAGAAACAGCUCAAAGAGGCCAAGAAGGAGGCAAAGGAUGCUCUGGAGGCAAAGGAACAUUAUAUGGAGGAGAUGGCUGAUACAGCCGACGCCAUUGAGAUGGCCACCUUGGACAAGGAGAUGGCCGAGGAGAGGGCGGAGUCUCUGCAGCAGGAGGCCGAUGCCCUGAAAGAGAAGGUGGAGGAGCUGACCAUGGAUCUGGAGAUCCUCAAACAUGAGAUAGAGGAGAAAGGCUCUGAUGGAGCAGCUUCUAGUUACCAUGUGAAACAACUAGAGGAACAAAAUGCCCGUUUGAAAGAAGCUUUGGUGCGAAUGCGUGACCUGUCCGCAUCUGAGAAACAGGAGCACAUAAAACUGCAGAAGCAGAUGGAGAAGAAAAAUUUUGAGCUGGAUGCACUGAGGAUGCAGAAAGAGAAAAUACAGGAAGAGAUGAAGAUGGCAGAGAAGACCAUAGACGAACUGAAAGAACAGGUGGAUGCUGCCCUUGGAGCAGAAGAGAUGGUGGAGACCCUUACGGAGCGUAACCUGGACCUGGAGGAGAAAGUACGGGAGCUCAGAGAGACCGUGACUGACCUGGAGGCCAUUAAUGAGAUGAAUGAUGAGCUGCAGGAGAAUGCCAGGGAGACGGAGCUGGAGCUGAGGGAGCAGCUGGACCUGAGUGCAGCCAGGGUGAGGGAGGCCGAGAAGCGGGUGGAGGCGGCGCAGGAGACUGUAGCAGACUACCAGCACACCAUCCAGAAAUACAGAGAGCUGACCGCACAUCUUCAGGAGGCGAACCAAGAGCUGAUGAGCCAACAGGAGGCCAGUGCCGAGCCACAACAGCCACCCGCGGAGAUCUUUGACUUCAAGAUCAAAUUUGCAGAAACUAAAGCGCAUGCAAAGGCCAUUGAGAUGGAGCUUCGUAAAAUGGAGGUGGCUCAGGCAAACAGACAGGUGUCUCUGCUCACUUCCUUUAUGCCCGAGUCAUUCCUGAGACAUGGAGGAGAUCACGACUGCAUCCUUGUCUUGCUGCUAAUUCCCAGACUCAUCUGCAAGGCGGAGCUGAUCAGUAAGCAGGCCCAGGAGAAGUUUGAUCUGACAGAGAGCUGCUCACAAAGGCCAGGUCUGAGAGGUGCACCAGGGGAGCAGCUCAGUUUUGCGGCUGGACUUGUUUACUCUCUGAGCCUUCUGCAGGCUACUCUGCACAAAUACGAACAUGCUCUGAAUCAGUGUGAGGUGGACGUGUACAAGCGUGUAGGUUCGCUGUACUCUGAGAUGUGUGUGCAUGAGCGCUCUCUAGACUUCCUCAUUGACCUGCUGCAUAAGGACCAACUGGAUGAGACUGUGAACGUGGAGCCACUCACCAAGGCCAUUAGAUACUAUCAGCAUCUCUACAGUAUUCAUCUAGUUCAGCAGGCUGAGGACUGCACUAUGCAGCUGGCUGACCAUAUAAAAUUUACCCAGAGUGCUCUGGACUGCAUGGCAGUGGAGGUGGGUCGUCUGCGGUCCUUCCUGCAGGCAGGGGAGGAAGAGACUCAGCUGUCUGUGCUGCUGAAGGAUCUCCACACGUCCUGCAGCGAUAUUCGCCAGUUCUGCAAGAAGAUCCGCCGCCGCAUGCCAGGCACCGACGCACCAGGCAUCCCUGCUGCUCUCAGCUUUGGAUCCCAGGUGUGUGAGACACUGGCAGAGAGCAGGAGGCAGCUGGCCUGGGUGAAUGCAGUACUGCAGGAGGUGGCUGCUGCCGGAGCCCAGCUCAUCGCACCACUUGGAGAACAUGAGGGCCUGCCAACCCUCAAACUGGAGGACAUGGCCUUCAAAGCAGCCGAACAGAUCUAUGUCUCACAGGGUAUAAACCCCUAUGAGUGUCUUCGCCAGUCCUGCAGCAUUGUCAUAGCAACCAUGAACAAGAUGGCUACUGCUAUGCAGGAGGGGGAGUAUGACUCAGAGAAGCCACUGAGCGGGGUAGCUCCAGUGGAUGUGCGAGCAGCUGCCCUGAGGGCGGAGAUCACAGAUGCUGAGGGACUUGGCCUCAAACUGGAGGACAGAGAGACCGUCAUCAAAGAGCUGAAGAAAUCUCUCAAAAUAAAGGGUGAGGAGCUGAGUGAGGCCAGCGUGCGUCUGAGUCUACUGGAGAAGAAGCUGGAUAGUGCGUCGAAGGAUGCAGAUGAACGUGUGGAGAAAAUUCAGUCUGUUCUGAGCGAGACCCAGGCACUCCUGAAGAAAAAGGAGAAGGAAUUUGAAGAAACCAUGGAUGCUCUGCAGGCUGAUAUUGAUCAACUUGAGGCUGAGAAGACAGAGCUAAGGCAGCGGAUACACAGCCAAUCAAAGAUUACUAUUGAGGGUCUGAGAGGAAGUCCCGCCUCCGGCAUUGCAUCCUUUGUGACUGGCGCCAUCUCAACUGAGGAACAGAAAGGUGCUACAGGAGUUUGUGCUGCUGGGGGUAUGCAGGUGAUAGAUUCCCCCUUGCUGACUCAACAGAUUGAAGCUCAAAGACUCAGCAUAAAGCGCCUGAAGAAUGAAAACAACCUCUUGAAGGCAGAGAAGAUGAGGGCUCAGUUAGCUUCCCUGCCUCCACUGAAUGUUCCCAAGCUGGGCUGGAGAGAGGGCUGUAGACCGGAGGUGCUCUCCAGCGCCCUCUACCGCAAAACUGAUCAACUGCUGGAAACGCUCCUGCAGAUGAGUGCCAAUGUCAAAGUGGUGGACAUCACUGGAAAAUCUCCUGUGAGUCCUAGUGCCCAGCUCUUAGAGCAAACAGCAAGGCUAGAGUCUCUUAGUGACACUCUCGACAGACUGAAGGACGAGGUGGCCGAACACGUGGUGUCCCAGCGACCUGGCGCUCAGGUUUUGUCCGACUUUGCUAUCUUCCCCCGCAGCACCUUUGUGAAGGCUAAGGAGGAGAGGAAGGGAGAUGCGGUGCUGGUCGGCCGCGUGAUGGUGCCUUGUCCCCGGGGACAGGAGCAGGUGCACCAGCUCAUUUUGUCUCAGUCCCAGCUCCAGCGGGUGCAUUGCUUGCUCCAGACCUAAAUAUGACCCCCCCCCC